AUGCCGCCGCACCGCGCCUUGCCGCGCUCGUCCACCGGCUACCACGGCGUGCGGCUCCGCCUCUCCGGCCGGUGGGGCGCCGAGAUCACGCGCGGCGGCGAGCGGUUUUGGCUCGGGACGUUCGACUCGGCCGAACUCGCCGCCCGUGCAUACGACGUCAUGGUGUGGCGCUACGACGGCGGCGCCGGGCCGCGGAACUUCUUCGACGUCAACAACCUCGCGGCGGCUGAGUUCGUGGCGCCACCGCCGCGCCGAGGAGCGCGCUGUCCGCCGGGAAUACAUGCGGAUGUCCAUCCGGAACCGCGAUGA